CGACCAGGACAACCGGCUGAAUUUGACAAGGUUGAUAAUUUCCUCCGGCUCUUCCCGUCCCGUCGCGUAGAUUCCUUUUUCCUAUAUCUGUUUUUCGGUUUUUCCCCAUUCCAAUUUCCACAUACGUCUCCUCCAGUUCGUUUUCGUUCUCAAGAUCAAAGCCCUUUCGUAGCCUUCCCGACUCCUCGUUGAAACCUCCUUGACUACAAUAACAGAUCGACCGUUUCCUUCGGUAAGUCUCUUUCUCGCUUUCAAUCUUACAAGAGCAACCGACUCGAUCUUUGUGCACUUAAUCUGGAUCCUACUUCAAAUCACGUUUCUACUGUCAACCUUGUUGUGAAUCUGGAGCGCGAUUACGAGUUACUGGCUUUCAGAUAUUCUGGGCUGGGUUAAUUUCGACUGAGGGUAGUCGCUGAAUUUGUUGGGGUUGACCCUUUGAGACUUAGUUGGAGGAUUAAAUGCUUUUGGUUAUGCUUAACCUUUUGGGAUUUCUACGAUGUUACGAUCUGUUGUAGUUAAAUCAAAAUCUGGUUAAGUCGUUAGAGUUCCAUUGUACUUCUUGUCUUUAUGAUAUAGACACCAGUGUGAUCAGAUGAUGUGUUGUUGGUGGAUUUCCUUCCGCUCGUUUUACCCGCAUGCCAUGUUUGGAUUGGCAUUAUCAGUUGAUGCCGAGCCUCUCAAGUUUGGAUCUUGGAUGGAUUUAAAUGUUGUUCACAUUGAGGAUUAUCAUGGCUUCCUCGUACCUUUUGGUUUGAGCCAUUUGAUUUAUAUUAUUCCGAGGGGUAUCUUAUUCCCCAUAGACAUGUACUGAUCGGCUAAGUUUUGCUUUCUGGGAUUUUGUGAUUGAAAAAGAUAAAGAAUCUCAGGAAGAAUGGAGUCCAGCAGAGGUAAUGGAAUUCAACUCCUUCUAGCUGCAGAGCAAGAAGCUCAGCACAUUGUCAAUGCUGCAAGAAACGCGAAAUUGGCUAGGCUGAAACAAGCCAAGGAUGAGGCUGAAAGGGAAGCUACAGAGUUCCGUGCCCAAAUGGAAGCUCAGUAUCAGAAAAAGCUGACAGAGACCAGUGGCGACUCUGGUGCUAAUGUAAAGCGGUUGGAGCAAGAAACCGGGGUGAAGAUCGGUCACCUGAAGUCAGAUGGUUCUAGAAUCUCUCAUGAUGUUAUAGACAUGCUGCUGAGGCAGGUUACCACGGUUAAGAACUAGAAGGAUAUUUGAUUGAUCGAUAAUCUGGUUGGACAGAUUGUUUCUAGAGAGAGAGAUGAGCAUUGUGAUAUGUAAUAUGUUAGAGAUAUUGGAAGUUGAUAGCUUGGUAUGUAUGUGAUUUGCCUUCGAACCUACAUGAUUUUAUGUCGUACUAUUUGAUCAUGUCCGUUUCUGUGGUGUUGAAUAAAAUUUCCCCGUUUUA